AUGUUGCCUCCCGUUCACAAUUACUCGACUGGGCUAGGAAGUGAUCACCGAGGCAGUGGAGUAAACGGCGGCUUCUUCAACGACAACAACAGGAAACAAGCCGUUGCUGCGGGUCUUUUCUCUGCAAGUCGUGUUGGGCAUCAGUCCAAUGGCGGUGUGUCUGUAGGAGGAGCAUCGGAUCGAAUGACAGAGCGCGUGCAUGCGCUUGAACGCGAUAACGAACGCUUUCGGGCAGAGUUGCAGCAUCUUCGGCAAUUUUACUCAAGCAACCAGCAACACGAAAGUGACAAGCUCUCAGUCGGCAAAGUUGCUGAAGAUCUGCAACGGCUCGCGCAUUCCUUCAAUAGCAAGCUACAAGUAGACUUGAGCCAGCAGCAACGUGAACAGCAGAAGGCAGCGUUACUCUUCGCAGAGAUCGCACGACUUGGACAUCGAGUGGAGGGGCUGGAAAGUGAGCUAAGAGGUGUCGUCGAUGAUACUCAGCGGAAAUUUGAGUCCCAGGAGCAACAUGCACAGUUCAUGGCGUCUGUCAGCUCCAAGCAGCAGCAAGCUCUAUCACCAAUCCGCAACACAGAGCUCCAGCGACAACUGAAAGACAUGCAGGAUGCGAUGGUCCAGAUGCGCAGUGAACUGGAUGCAGACCGCAGUGCUCGGUGGAAGAACGACGCUGCUAUCGACACAAAACUGGAUGCUCAACUCGAGCGAUUUAACUCGAAGUUGAUGGCUGACAAGCGAGAUUUAGUGCGUGCACUUGACGAGCAGCGACAACUCGUAACAGGCGCGGAUUUCCAACGCGUGACUUUACAUAUGCGUGAAUUUUCACGUGUAAAUGACCAUCUAUUGGCGAUGGAACGAUGGCUGCACAGCGAAUUCGGACAGAUUAAGAGAGUUUUCCAAGCAAUGGCCGGUGAUGUGGAUGCCCGCUUUCAGUGUGUGCUAGAGGAGAUUGCCAACGGAAUCAAGAUGUGGCACGCAGCACAGACACGACAGGAAGAAGACUUGAGCCAGCGACUUCACGACCUGGAGGAGGCUGUGCGAGCUGUAGCCGUCGCUAUGCAACGCAAGCUUUUUACGCUAGAGGAAGUGAUCCCUCUGGAAGUUCAAGCGCGACAGAAGAACGACGACAAGCUGCAAAGACGUGUGGAGGAUGUGGUGAAGACAUUAGGCCAUGCUAUCGAAACAAAUCGAGAGAAGUACUUGCCACAACAACAGUCUACGCUUGCUCAACGAAUCCAAACUGCGCUCGUACAGCGCGUGAAUCAAUUGGAGCGCACCCAGCACAACACUUUAGACGAGGUGAGUAUGCAGCACAAUGCGAUGAGGGAGACCAUCCAGGCUUUCAUGGAAGAUUCAGACGCGAUGCUGGUCAGGUUGGCUACUGCUGUGGAGCAGGAACGCAUUAAGGGGAUACAACUGGGAAGAACUGAGCGCUCUUCAAACUCGGACAGCGUUGCAUGA